AUGUCGAAGCAAACGGUGUUCAAGGGACGCGAUGAGCCCAUGACCCAGGAACAGCUCGCCGCGCUGGCCACCGAGGCGGCGCAACACGCCGAGCAGGAAGCCGACAUGGGGGAUGACACCAUCCCUCAGAUCACGUCGGAUAUCAUUCCAGGCAUCAAAUACAAUAGCUCUGAUGCCGACGAUACCGCUCCCGCUCCGAAGCGCAAGCGUGGCCGCCCCGUCCUGGCUCCGAUGAAGAUCAAGCGUGAGGACUCUGUGGCGCGUCUCGACGAGGUGGAAGCUUUUCAAGGAGGUUCGUCUUCUCAGUAUGGCACUCCUCUUGGCACUCCAGAAUUGCCUGCCACGUCUCGGGUAGCGGGAAAAGCCAAGCGCAAGUUCGAGCAAGCCUCUGCCAACGAUACACAGAAAGCCGGUGUUAUAUUCAUCUCUAGAGCACAGGCCGCCAAGAAGUCGAAGAACCCGAAGGUCGACGGCCAUGCUGUUAACAGCGACGAGACUGAGGACGACCCUAAGAGACAGAAAGAGUUUGAGGACGACAGUGAAAGACAGAAUGAGAGCGAGAACGACGGGGAGGAAGAGAGCGUAGAGGGUAACGACGCGGUCAAUGAUCAAGAGGUCCCCGUUCAGACCCCCCGUCGCGGCCGCCCCCGGAAGAACAUCGCCGCUGCUGAGGCUGAUCCUCCGAAGCGCCGUGGUCCAGGUCGUCCCUCGAAGACCCAGACUCCUACAACGUCCAGCAAGACCACCAGAGGCAGCAUUCAGAGCAAGAGACACCGCAUUUCAGCACGCCUCAAGAUCUUGCAAGCUAAUCGAAGUGUCCCUGCAGACGAAAAACGGUCUCUCCGAUCUUCGGGCAAGAACACCGACGCGACCAAAAAGGUCUCAAGCUCUCACACGAGAGGUGUAGCCCAGGUGAAGAAGACACCCAAGAAGCGCCCCACUGCUGUGCGAGCUGAGUCCGAAGACGAUGAAUAUGAGGUCGAGCGCAUCGUUGGCGUUGAGCCCGCCAAGGGCAAGAAGCAGAAGAAGUACGAGGUGAAGUGGAAGGGCUACUCCAACAAUGAGAACACUAUGGAGCCCGAAGAGAACCUCGCGAACUGCAAGCACUUGAUCGCUGCGUUUGAGAAGAAGCAAUCCAAGGCUGUGAAGAAGUAA